CGGAGAGAGAGCAUAUGGGAGACCAUCUCAACAACGACUGAGAAUCAAGAAAGAUCCUAUGUGAUCUUGACGCUCCCUCCGAUCUGCUCAGCAUGGCUACUCGGUCUGGUGUGAAUCGUGCCCGCACCCCUCCCCGUGGUGGUGUGUGUUUCUUCUUCGCCCAGCUGGACGGCGCUAUCCACCGCAUCAUCGCCGUCGACAUGUGUGACGUGCCCUCCUCCAUCGCCCUACGCGCGACGGACACCACCUCCCGUCGACUGGUGACCCUCACCGCCAUGAUCCAGCGAUUUGACAAGGCCGUCGAAGCCGCGGGGAUGCACCGGCUGUUGGACAUCGUCCGCGAGGCUGGCGAGAUACCCGACAGACUCAAGGACAGACUGACGCUCUUCGGCUACGUGGUGCAGUCGCUUCAUCUGGUGGAGAGCACCAGCCUCUGGCGGAAGCGAUGGGCGCCGGCCAUCCAUUUCGCGAGCAAGAUCGGACUUCUGACAGAUCCGCUGCCGCUGACGGUAGAUCCUGACGCCUUGGUCGAGCACAUGUACAGCAGGACGGCCCUCGAGCAGAUGCCGCAGGCAGUGGCGCAGUUCGCAGCACUCAGCGGUCAGUUCGCCAAUGGCGCAAUUCGUCUGACCACAAACAGCGACUCUCGGCCGGGCGAGUUCUGCAUCAGUGAUUUUCAGCGAUUCCGGUGUCUGCUGCGCCGUGACGAGAUGCCGAUGGACCACGAAUACAGGGCGGCGUAUGACCCGCUCAACCCCGCCGUGGUGCAAGGCGAAUCGUACAUCUUCUCGAGCUUCUCGGGAUUCGCCACCCAGCUCAUCUGCCAGUGUCGGAGGGGCUAUGGGAGCGUCUUCCUGCCGCCCCACCUCCAGCACUCGCCCUUCCAGAGGGGGGGGGAGUGCUCCUUCAGCGGCACCGACAGUCGGCAUGCCCUCGCCACUCGCCUGCUCACCCACGCCCCCCUCGCCAGCCACACGACAAUCGACUUCCAGAACGGAUUCAAUCUGCCCAAUUUCCCCGAGUUCGUGGCCAGGCAUCGUUUUGUGGUGCUGGCGGGCGACAAGCUGACGGACCCCUUUGCCGCCUACAUAGAGGUGGCCCAAGAGCUCAUCACGCGCAUUCGCACGGAGAUCUACACGACCGAACCGAAGGUGGCUGGGGUGAGUGCCGGCAUCGUGGGGUUUCCGACGAGUGUGAACGACGCCAGGCGGGUGAUGGGAGAGAUGGGGGUCAAGUUGGAAGAUUUGCGCAUGACACUCAACUAGACACUCUGAGGGGCUGGGGUGGCUGGGUUCUGUGUGAAUGUGAGGUUGUUCGGUGACUUUAUGUGGGCGCGUGGGGAUCAGUGUCGGUGCAUCUGUCUGUUGGACGCG